GCAGGGCUGGGGACCCGCGCGGCUCGGCCCCCAGAGCGGGGAGAGAUUGCAAGGCGAUCGAUCGAUAACAGCUUGGCGACCGAGCCCGUUUCGCCUCAGGUCACUCCUGCGGUUGGCCCAGCCCAGCAUGCAACCUUGAACCUGGCUUAGACCACCACCUACUCCAGCUCUCUACACCCCCUAUUCUCCUGUGGCUUGGGGUGUAGGUUCUAUCUCCAAGGUCCCUGAACAGCAUCUCUUCAUCAAGAAAAGCCCACAGCUCCAGGGAGCCCUGUGAAUCCUGCUGUCAGCUCUGAGAAGACAGCAUGGCUAUUACCCUGCAGCCCAGUGACCUGAUCUUUGAGUUUGCAAGCAACGGAAUGGAUGAUAUACACCAGCUGGAAGACCCCUCAGUAUUCCCAGCUGUGAUUGUGGAGCAAGUACCCUACCCCGAACUACUGCAUCUGUAUUCAGGACUAGAGCUGGACGACGUUCACAAUGGCAUCAUAACGGACAGGACCUUGUGCAUGACAGAGGAUCAGAUCCUGGAGGGUAGUUUUAUGCUGACAGAUGAAAAUGAAGCAACCUCGCAAACCAUGUCAACCACUGAAGUCUUGCUCAAUGUUGAGUCUCCCAACAACAUCCUGGAUGAGAAGCAGAUUUUCAGCACCUCCGAGAUUCUUCCAGACUCAGACCCUGCUCCAGCCACCCAUCUGCCCAACUACCUGUUUCCUGUCUCUGAGCCCAAUGCCCUGAACAGGGCUGAAGACACUGGUGACCAGGAGGGGCAUUCUCUGGAGGAGAAGGUCUCCAGAGAGGAAAGCGCCAAGAAGACUGGAAAAUCAAAGAAAAGAAUCCGGAAGACAAAGGGCAAUCGCAGUACCUCACCUGUCACUGACCCCAGUAUUCCCAUACGGAAGAAGUCUAAGGAUGGCAAAGGCAACACCAUCUAUCUGUGGGAGUUCCUCCUGGCACUUCUGCAAGACAGGAACACCUGCCCCAAAUACAUCAAGUGGACCCAACGAGAGAAAGGCAUCUUCAAGCUGGUGGACUCCAAAGCUGUGUCCAAGCUGUGGGGGAAGCAGAAAAACAAACCUGACAUGAACUAUGAGACUAUGGGGAGGGCACUAAGAUAUUACUACCAAAGGGGCAUCCUUGCGAAAGUGGAAGGGCAGAGGCUGGUGUACCAGUUUAAAGAGAUGCCCAAGGACCUAGUGGUGAUUGAAGAUGACGAUGAGAAAAGUGAAGUUGCAGAGGCAUCCCCUAAGGCCUCCGCCUCCUCCACCAGCACUGCCCGGCGAGCCAGCUCCAGGGUCUCAUCCAGAGCUGCUCCUCAGGGCAAGGGCAGCCCUCCCUGGGAAAAACCGAAGGUUCAGCAGGUCGGUCUACAGCCAUCUGCAAGUCUGGAAUUGGGACUGUCUCUAGAUGAGGAGAUCCCCACUACCUCCACUGUGCUUGUCUCUCCACCAGAGGGCCAGGCCAAACUCACCAAAGCUGUGAGUGCGUCUUCAGUGCCCAGCAACAUCCACCUAGGAGUGGCCCCUGUGGGGUCAGCCUCGGCCUUGACCCUGCAGACAAUCCCCCUGACCACAGUGCUAACCAAUGGCCCUCCUGCUAAUACUACUGCUUCAACUCAGCUUGUUCUCCAGAGUGUUCCGCCUGCUUCGACCUUCAAGGACACUUUCACUUUGCAGGCCUCCUUCCCUCUGAACACCAGUUUCCAAGAGAGCCAGGUGGCAGCACCAGGAACUCCACUGAUUCUCAGUGGCCUCCCCCAACUUCUGACUGGGGCCAACCGUUCGACCAAUCCAACAGUACCCUCCGUCACAGGGGCUGGAGCGGCAGGGCCCAGCUCUCAGGCCCCCGGGACUGUCAUUGCUGCCUUCAUCAGGACUUCCGGUGCCACAGCAGCCCCUGGGGUCAAGGACGGGCCACUGAGACCCUCCUCAUAUGUGCAGGGCAUGGUGACUGGGGCCCCCAUGGAGGGGCUGCUGGUUCCUGAAGAGACCCUGAGGGAGCUUCUGAGGGAUCAGGCUCACCUUCAGCCACUUCCAACCCAUGUGGUUUCAAGGGGCUCCCACAAUCCGAGUCUCCUGGGAAACCAGACUUUCUCUCCACCCAGCCGCCCCACUGUUGGGCUGACCCCGGUGGCUGAACUUGAGCUCUCCUCAGGCUCAGGGUCCCUGAUUAUGGCUGAGCCUAGUGUGACCACAUCUGGGAGCCUACUGACUAGAUCCUCAACCCCAGCCCCCUUCUCCCCAUUCAAUCCCACUUCCCUCAUUAAGAUGGAGCCCCACAACAUAUAGAUAGAGGGGUCAGGGAAGUGUGACCCACCAGGCAAAGCUGAGCAUCAUUUUCAUAUGGACUGCCUCUAGCAAAGUCUGACUUAAGUAUCUCACCUGCCUUUACAUUUUAGUGGAAUGUCAAUACACCAGACUCCCCCACCCCCCACC